AGAUGGAAGGUGGUAGAUAUUCGGUUGAUUUGGGUAACCUCGAGCGCAAUCGAAGGAACGAGAUUGGGAGGAAGAAAUCCCGCAAAGGUAAAGAACUUGCCGGCUCUUCCUCUCAAAGCCGACAUGAUUUUGAAACGGGUUACCAAAGGAGAGAUGGAGAUGCGAUGUCCGAAGAACAACUACAACAAGAAUUGGCCCGACAUAAUAACCGCUUUCUACAACAACAACAAAUCCCGACGACCAUUGACGAAGAGGAGCUUGAGGAUGAAGAUGCGGAGGAAAUGGAACCGGAGACGGUCGAGGAGGAGGGUGCUGGCAGUCACGACGCCGACGAGUCUGCCUCAUCCCAAACGCCACCGGUAAUAAAAAAGUAAAUCUGAACUAAUGAAAAAUAAUUUUGAUAAGUGGAAGGACACACAAACCGGCUAUUGGCACGCUACUUGCAAGUGGUGCAACAACAAUUAUAGCUUGGGGACCUCCAGCGGAUACAGAUCCGCCGCAAGGCAUCUUAAGGCAAAGCACCCCGUGGAGUAUGCAAAAUUAGGCGGCGGAACGGGGAAACAAACUCAAAUAUCGAGAUAAUUUAAUUUGUACCGCCAUAUAAUACUUUGAAGGCUACCAAAGAUGGGGGAUAUCAAAACUAUGGCAUCAUCAAAACUAUUUAUCAAAAUCUAGGGUUUAACAGAAAGUCAAAAGAAAGAACGUUCCCGAUUUUAGCACGGAUGGUUAAUUAAGCAAGUACUAUCAAUGCCGGUUUCAACAGUUGCUGUGGAACAAGAAUUUAGUUCGGCCGGCAACAUCCUAACGGCAUCUAGAUCGAGAUUGAGCGCGGAGUCUCUUGAGACGCUUAUAUGCUACCACGAUUGGUUGAAGGCCGCACGUAGAACUCAACAAAUGAGCAUCACCCCCUCACAAGAAUUUAUGGAUGACUCAACAACCGAUGGUGGCUCUACCUAUGCCGGAGAUUCCGAUUGAUUAGUAUUUUAGAAAUUAUUAUAAAAUGCAUUUU